AUGGAAGACGAUCAUGAUCUUGAUCUCGGAAGAUCCGAUCGAUCGAUUUGGUUAAUGAAAUGUCCUGUAGUUGUCGGAAAGGCAUGGCAGAAGCAAACUCCUCCUCCUUCAUCUUCUUACUCUGAAUGUCCUUCCAUAGCCAAAGUUGUUCUCUCUAUUGAUCUUCUACAGCCCGAUCCUUCUCCUUCUCCUGAGAUGGAGAUGGUUGGUGCUGAGUUUGGGAACAUGCCAAAGAGUUACUCUUUGAAUAUGUUCAAAGACAUUGUUCCAAUGGCUACUUUUUCCGAUGUUAAUCUAGGUAAUGUAGCUACUGAAGGAAAAAUAGAACACAAGUUCGAUAUGAAACCACAUGGCGAAGAUAUUGAAGAAUAUGCAAGGCUUUGUCGGGAGAGAACAAGCAAAUCCAUGGUUAAGAAUCGACAGAUACAGGUUAUUGAUAAUGAUCGCGGAGUACAUAUGAGGCCUAUGCCUGGAAUGCUUGGUUUAGUUUCCUCCAAUUCAAAGGAAAAGAAGAAGCCUGCCCCAGUCAAGCAAACCGAGGUGAAGAGGACGAGGAGAGAUCGUGGCGAGCUUGAAGCUAUAAUGUUCAAGCUAUUCGAAGGCCAACCCAACUGGACACUGAAACAGUUGGUACAGGAGACGGACCAACCAGCGCAGUUUUUGAAAGAGAUACUAAACGAGCUUUGUGUGUACAAUAAGAGAGGAUCGAACCAAGGGACAUAUGAGCUUAAACCAGAAUACAAGAAAACAGUGGAAGAAGAUACAAGUGGGCAGUAA